CUGCGACUCGGUUGAAGAAUUGUUUGCGUUUUUACCAUGGAAAACUGGAGAAGCAUCUGAGAUCCACGUGAUGCUAUUAUAAAGAUGGCAUUGAUUAAACAGGAGAGUGAAGACAUAAAGAUUGAAGAAGUGUUCAGCGUGAAAACUGAAGAAACUGAGGAACAAACAGAUUUCAAAAUGACUCGAAGGAAGUUCAAGCCUUGCCCCUCCUGCCAAGCACCUAACCAGGUGAGCCGCAAAACCUGCAGCUCUUGUUUCACAACCAUCUCCAAUAAAACCAAACUAAUGGCCAAAAAAGUGUCCCUGGACAGGGAGUGGGGGGAAAGGAUCCUAAAAAAUAGAAAUGCAGGAAGAGUGGUGGACUCUGCCAAUAUUGCAGUGAAAAAACUAAGUGCAUUGGGCUAUGUCCCAAUUCUUUUUUUUGGAAAAAAAGAUAAGGCUUCUGGAAAGUGGGUGGCCGAUGUGGUGACCCAUCUGCCACCCACUGAGGAUAAUCUAAAAAUUGUGGCCACCAUGAGAAUGGCCUACAAUUUUGUAUUGAUCAAACAAGGGAACUCCACAACGACAUUACCAGAGCCCCAACAUCAGGGCCAGCCCGAGCCCCAGCAUCAGCAUCAGGGCCAGCCAGAGCCCCAGCCCCAACAUCAGGGCCAGCCCGAGCCCCAGCAUACGCAUCAGGGCCAGCCAGAGCCAGAGCCCCAGCAUCAGCAUCAGGGCCAGCCAGAGCCCCAGCAUCAGCAUCAGGGCCAGCCAGAGCCCCAGCAUCAGCAUCAGGGCCAGCCUGAGCCCCAGCCCCGGCAUCAGGGCCAGCCAGAGCCCCAGCAUCAGGGCCAGCCCGAGCCACAGCAUCAGCAUCAGGGCCAGCCCGAGCCCCAGCAUCAGCAUCAGGGCCAGCCAGAGCCCCAGCCCCAACAUCAGGGCCAGCCCGAGCCCCAGCAUACGCAUCAGGGCCAGCCAGAGCCCCAGCCUGUCUCUCUCCCUGUGAAGGAACAAACCUCCCCACAAAAUAAAAGAAAGUGUAAGUGAACUAAGAUCUUAGCA